UUCACACACGAAGAAAACAUCUUCUUCCGGUGCGCCGAUUGUUUCAUUUCACCAACCGUCGCUUCCGACAGUUUACUGUUUAUUCCUCUUUUUCACCGAACGUAAAUGAUGGACUUUCUAUUUUUUUAGAUGCCUAAUGUGACUCCACCUGGAUCUUCUCCUCCACCUGUGAGUGGAAGUGUCGAAGAUCCACAGCAGCUCGACCGAGCCGAAACGUUGAGCUACAGCCGGACAUUUCCAGAGUCCGCUCCUGUUCCCGGACUUCCUGAACAGCGGGAAGGCGUGUUGGAACGGCCGGAGGUGGUGGAGGUGAAUCACGGGUCGGAGCGGCUUAAUAAAGGUGAGGAGAAAACCUCUGGAGAUGACGAGCGAGCGUGCAGUCAGGCGAGGAACAGAGAUGAGGUCAUUAAAGAGAUCGGCACCAGCAGCGCCGCUUUCAUCGGUCCGACGUGUCGACCGCAGUCUGCGAUCGAGGACGAGCUGAGUGAGUUUUAUAAAGAGCUCGAGCAAAUCGACCAGCGAGACGCUGUAGAUGGGAGUAGUGAGCGAGCGUCUCAGUUCUGCACUCCAGCCGUAAAAGAUAAGGGGAGUGACCAGAGAUACAGGUCUUUUCCAGCCACACGGCCACGGACAGACUACAGGAACACGCCACAAUGGAGACCUCAGUCUUAUGACGUGACCUGCGAUUGGUCAAACUCACACAGAUAUCCAAAUCAGUGGCAUCUUCCUCCACCGAACUUCUACUUCUAUCCACCAAAUCCCACGCCCCCGCUGUACUCGCAGCCUCAAACACACCAGUACUUCUGGCUCGGUCCCGACGUCAGACUCGCUUCGUCUCACAGCCCCGCUCCGUAUGAAGUGUUCAAACUGUGGCGGUAUGAGGAGCAGAAUUAUCAGGACGUGAACCAACACGAGCGUAGCGAAGGUCCGUCUUUGGUGUUGAUUUUGAUGAGAGGAGUCCCAGGUUCCGGGAAAUCCACUCUAGCCAGGCACAUAUCGACCAGCGGUCCGAGCGGACUGAUCCUCAGCACUGAUGAUUACUUCCACCAGAAGGACGGCUAUCACUUCGAGCCCACUCUGCUCGGAGCCGCACACGACUGGAAUCAAAGCAGAGCCAAAAAAGCCAUGCUGGAUGGGCGUACACCGGUUAUUAUCGACAAUACCAACGUCCAGGCCUGGGAAAUGAAGCCAUACGUUGCAGUGGCUUUAGAGACGGGGUAUAGAGUGGAAUUUGUUGAGCCGGACACCAGCUGGAAACGUGAUCCUGUCGAGUUAGAAAAGAGGAAUCAUCAUGGAGUCUCGAGGGAAACUAUAGCAAACAUGCUGGAUCGUUUCGAGCUCCCGGUCAGUGUGGACAUUGUGAUGAAUUCCUGUGAGCCUUCUCAUAAAAGAAAAGAAAAUCAUUCCAGACCAUACAGAUGAUGACAAAUAACCUGAAAAAUACCAAAAUUUUCUAUUUGCUGACUUGUAAAAUUUUAGCAGAAAUGUAUUGCGACAUUUUUAACGACAUUUUAAAAAGUUUUUAUGCUGUGGUUAGCUGUUUUAUUAACAUAUCUUGGUUUGAAUGGUUUGCAAAAAUGAUUACGAAAUCAUUAAUAGUAAUGAUGCUAAUUAUAAGUCACUAUUGUUAAUAAACUGUGGUCCGUACAAUCAAAGAUUUCGAAGGGAGACCUCUGAAAUUCAUUUUAUGGAAAAAACUGGAAUGUUUGAAAUUUUUUCGAAAUCUUUGUAUGGAACGUCUGAUGCCAGCUUUUCUUUUCUACGUAAAAUCCAACUGUAGCACAAUGUAAUUACAGAUACCGAUUAAAUAGGAAAAGCUCACUUUAUUCUCCCUUUCCUCGGGAGAAUUUCAUCUCUCUGAUCUGAUAUAAACAACACAGAGGAACCCUCAGGUAAAAUAAACUAUGUGUAAUAUAUAUAUAUAUAUAAUGUGUGUCCAUAUAUAUAUAUAUAUAUAUAUAUGUGUGUGUGUGUGUGUGUGUGUGUGUGUGUGUGUGUGUAUAUAUAUUGUCAUAUAAUGUGUGUAUAUAUAUAUAUAUAUAUAUAUAUAAUAUAUAUAUAUAUAUAUAUAUGUGUGCAUAUAUAUGUAAGAUGGGUAGUACAUUUUGUUCUACAUUGUUAUAGUAUUUGUUAUUAUUAAUGUUUAUGUAUAAUGCUGUUAUUAUAUGGUGUGUUUAUAAUACUAUUACAAAAGUUUUGUAUAGUGGAAUUGUAAUAAAUACAUUCAGUACA